GAUCGAGUUACUGGGUAUUUAUAGAGAUGUAUAACGAAUGGUCAUGUGCGGUCUUUGUUAAAAUUGAGUAACAGAAGGUACAAACUUCAGGUAACACUUACACCUGAGUUUGUGAUACAGGUAGUCUCCAGCGAGACAGGUAGAUACGCUGUAAUGCUGGACAACAUGGUGGAUGGAAAUGUCGGAUUUCAUUGACCUAAUCUUCUCUGGAGGUAUUUGGGGAAUGUCAUUAACGGUGCACAAGUCACAUGGCCUAGUGUGGACUGAUGGGAAAGCCAUCUUCCUUGCCCCGGUAAAGAUCCUCAAUGGACAGGUGGAACCCUGUGAAUCGUUGAAACUGGGAGAGUUUGGUGACGAGGAUGAAUUUUUAGAAAGUGAAACUGUUGAUCUUGAUGAGGAUGACCAAUCGGUAAAGAGUAUUCAUUGGAGCAGCGACGUUGGUCCCAGCUUGUGUUACUUGUGUGUGGUCCAUCCCGAACAUGUAUCCGUCUGGAAGGUCGAGGGUCAUGUACCUAAACUCAGUUUCAAGCAAGUCCGCAAACUCAAUGUUCAGCCUAUUCAGCAAGGUUGUCUUUGGAAUCCAGGCCGGGACAUUCUGUGUGUCCUCAGUAAACAGCAGUGCAGCUUCUUCUUCAGACAUACACAGAACAGGGGCAGCUAUGCCUUCCCUCCCAUAGAGAGUGGUAAGAUCAAAUGUGGUGCCUGGUCAAAGGAUGGAAGUCAGCUGGUGCUGUGUGUAGGGGCCAUGUUACUGAUUUAUACAUGGCCAGAGAUUGAUGUGUCCAUCAGUGACUUGACCCCCACGGCCUGGAGGAUACCCAAACUGGAUGGAGGCGUUUGUUCCAUUGUGUCCCUGUCUAACGACGCUGUUGUAUGUGCUGCAGAGCUGCCUCUGGAAUCUCUGUGUAAGAUGCAGGACACCUUCAUAACACCAGACUUGAAUCAAAAUGGAUCUGGUUUAUCACCUCAAUCUGACAUCAUCUCUCCUAAAGGAGGAUCUAAUUCAUCACUGAAAGAUACGCUGCUUAACUUACCGCGACAUCCAGGGAGUCUUAUAGAGGCCACCAGUCAGCUAAUCGUUGUCCAGCUGAGGGCCAAUAAGGAGCCCCAAACGAGCUGCUGUACGGGGGUCAAAGGGGUGCUGACCCCGGACAUACUGUUGUAUGAGGAGAAUCAGCAGUGUAUAGUAGUAGGCAGUAACAACCAGAGCCUGCUCCAAGUGUUUGCUGUGGACAACAGCCGGACACUGGUCAAGGUCCAGGAAAUCCAACUGAACAAGGAUGAGCGCCCCAGAGGGAUUUCUAGCCUCGACAGCCCCCAGUUGGCGGGUUACCAAGGGAUACUGUUGGCGGUGGGUAAGCGGACGACGGCCAGUGCACUGUUCCCAUCGUCGUCAGAGAGUACUGGGGACGUCCGGCUACAGUUCGUCCCAGUGUCCAUAGACAGAUCUGCUAUGAAGGUUCUGGCUGAAGAAAACAUGACAGCAGAUCAAAGUAUGCUAGAAAACCUGGUCCCCUCCAAAACGUCGACGCCUGCCGCGCAACCUCAGAAAAAGACAAUAAAACUUCAGUAUUCCGUUGGAGAGGAUGACACACAAUUGGAUCAGUCAGGCGGCCAAUCAGAGCCCUCGUCUCUUGAACCGUUCAGUUUGAUCAGCAAUGGAAUCUCUGAGGCUAGCACUCAGCAAAAAUCUCAAAAUGAAUCUGUUGAUCUUUUACUUAAAAAACAGAAAACUGUUUCAGAAUUAAGAGAUUAUUCUGACACAGACUCUGCCAAAUCAUCGCCAAGGGAGACAUCUCAAGAUUCUGAGGAAUUGUCACCAAGAGAGACAACUCCGUCUACUUCUACAUCUCAAAAGAAAAAGAUAAUUGUUGACUUAAACGAAUCUGACACUGGUGAUAGUGAUUUAGAGACAGAAACUACAGAAUUCUCAGAACAAAAGCCACAUUUCAAAAGUCCAGAAUUAGAUAAAUAUUUAGAAGACAAUGUUGGAAUAACUGACAUUCCAAACUUAUCGAAAGACUGUAAAGAAACCUCGCCCCAGUGUGAAUCUAAGAACACAGCCAGGAAGGUUAGCCAGAGCGAGAGAGAUUCCGGCUAUACAGAUGCGAUAUGUGAUACCUCUCCUGAACUCUCUGUUGGAGAAGCCAAGGGAAGACUGAAGGCCAACAUGUCAAUUGAGGACCUGGAGCGAGAGAUACAAUCACAGAAUGCCCACAUAGAACAGUUACAGACGAAGGUGGACUCGCUUUCUAGAAUCGUGGAAGAAACAUCGAUGGUUUUCCCAACUAAAUAUCAAGCCAUGGAAAAGCCAGAUGUUGUCACUGUGGUUUGCCACUGUGAGGGAGCUAAGGCCAGUAAGAAGACAUUUCUACUGGACAACAAACGACUGCCAUUGGAUGUUCUGAAACAUGCGUUUGGUCUUUCUCUUGUGGAACUCUAUAUUGAUGGUGAGUCUUUUGUUGUUGGUGCCAACAUAGAUGGGUACAUACCGGUGAAAUUUGAUCCUUCGUCUACCGUAGAGGUUAGCGGUAUUCUGCAGCCAGCAUCCGACAAGGACAGUACUUCCGAGGACAUGGGCAUCGGAGGAAUAGACAAGGAGGUCACAUGUUAGAGCACCUCAUUGACUGAUAAUAUCAAUACAAACAAACAGAUUUUAUGAAGAACAUUUUGUUAACAAAUUGACACAAAGAACAAAUCUCCACAGGAAAUGUCAAGUGAAAAUUUUAUAAACUUUGACAAACUCAGAUCUGAUCAACUGUUUUUGAAUCUCACUCUAUAAUAUCAACAGUUUGUAGGUUCAUGCUCACAGCUGUUGUUGAGCUCUUGAACAAUCCUGAUUAUUCCAGUCCACCCAUCAACACAAAUGGGUACAUGCAUAUUGGAAGUCAUCUUGAAAAAUGAUGUUCUUUCAGGUGAGAGAAAGUGACCUAUUUCUCACCACAGUAAUCAGGUUGAUAUGUACUGCUUUAUGUGCCACAAGUUGAAGGUCAAAUUUGUUUUGGUUGAACUAGUUGUUGUACAUAUCAUAUGUCCACCCAGCUGUAAGAAUUGGUACUCUUUUUACUGGGAAGUUAACCUGUGAUAGUUUAAACAUUCCAUUCUGCGAUACUGGCGACAUUUAUAAUAUACAAGGGUAUAGCACUAUGCAGAUUGAUGUUUUUUCCAGUGUUGACAGAGUACAAUUAUGAAAUAGUCUAAUUCUCAUGAUUUAUAAAUAUAUAUCUGUACCUGCAUUCCAACCCUUACACCAUUGCCAACUCCCCCAAAAAAGCAUUUGGAUGUUGCAGUGUGUAACAGACCAUAUGAUCAUAACAGAAAAUUGUCUGUUGAUGAUAUUUGUACCUGGAUCCAAGUUUAAGUGUUAUAUCUUAAUAUAUAAUAAUCAUAAGGAGAGGAGUUCCAACCACAACACAGCUCAGUUGUCACCAGUUUGAGUGGGUUUUUGUUUGGCCAUUUAAUUUUGACUCUUUAGCUAGUCUUCAUGAAGACCAGGUCCUGACUCGCUAAAGAUUGCCCAGGUGAAAGAGGCUUGAUUGUAGAUUGAUUGUAUGUCAGUAACCAAAGAUUUGUUUGCACAGGAAAAGGUUGGAAUAUCAAGUGGUGCAUACAGCAUCUACUUAGAUCAAUGCCGGGGACAAUAUUUAGAUUGAGAAAUCAGAAUAUAAGUUAAGUUAGUGACUUAAUUUCAUACAAUUUUUUUUUUUAAAUCCAUUCACUUUCUCACCCGAGGUGUUCUUGACACAAAACAGAAACUAGUCAUUACUGAAUAGGAGUUUAUAAAGUGUUAAGUAGUUAUAUAAUUGUGUUUAUACUGUAUAUCAAGUAAACAAGGUUUGAACAUUGCUAUGCCUUCUAGCAAUACAUGUUGACUAAUAAAAGCUGUUAAAUACCGUUAUACUAAAUGUAAACAUAUUUCUUGAUGUAGUGGGAUGGUUUCGUCAAUUUAUAUGAAAUUUUCAAUCUAAACAAAUGAAUAAUGUUCAUACUUAACUUUUGAUACAGGGUAUGGGUGGUUUUCAAAAUCAUUAUCAUAGCUAUAUUUGCUUGCCACUUUGGUUUAAUAUAUGAGUAGAAUUUUCUAAAGGUAAUUCUAUUUUAAUUUUUAAUUUUUUAAUGCUGUAAAUGUUUUGUACAGAUUUGAUGCUUUUGUGACUGAUAAUCUGUUGUUUUACUUAAAUAUCGGAACAUUUACUGAAGUACACACUUUGUACAUGCAUUGUAAGUUGAAUAAUCCAUAUACACUAGAACCUGGUUAUUUGUUGUGCAAUAUUUUGGCAUUGUACAGGGCUUUGGUAAUGUAGACAGGGAGGCAUGUUAUAUUGAAAUUUUUAAAAAGGAAGGUCAAAAUAUUGUUGAUAAUGAGGUUCCGAAUGAAAACUAUCACAUUAUAUUGCAGUUUAACUGUGACUGUCCAGGUGUUAUUUACCUUAUCCAUGACUUUUUUCUGUGUCAAAAUGCUUAUUUUAAAUUUUUGUUGUAUAUUUGUUUCUGUUAACUUUGCAUUUUUCAGAGCUAACUUCUAUGUUCUUUUGAGAUAUGAAAAGGUUACUUGACAAUCUUGUUAAAUGUAAAUUACAUUUGACGAUACAUUAAUAUUCCGAGAGACAGAAUAAAGAAAACAUGCUUAAAGCAAGCUAAAUGUACAUGACUUAAAAAAAAGUAAUUUUCUGGCAAUGGAAAGUCAAGAAGUAAAACAUAUACCUGAUAAUGUAUGUAAACAUUAGAGGUUUACAAAACUGAUAUUUAGAAGUUUAUGUUGACUUUCAUUGUUUACAUUAUGAUGCGUAAAAAUGAUAUAUAAAAGUAUGUGUUCAGUUUCUACAAUCUUAAAUGUAAUAAUUUUACACAUUAAACGUACAAUAUUCCUCAUUUGAUGAAAUGUUAGAUUAUAAUACAUACCUGUUAAGGUGCUGUUGGAUGGAAGGACUAAACAAGUCACAGUAUUUAAGUGUCACCCUGAUAAAACACAAGCUGCUUCUGACUUACUCCAUAUAAAGAGUUUCUGUUUAGCUUAUUCAGUAGAGAGUGAAACUAGUACAAUAGAAGUCCCAAGUUUGACUCCUAGUGGAGGCAUCGAACAAAUAUUGACCUGUUUUUUUGGCACCAAUGUUGUGACCUUGGAAAUAUUGAGACUUUUACAGGAAUUGCUAUGACCACUGGAAAACUUAGGAUGAGUUUUUCCUGAGGGGAAGUUUGUUACUCUUGUAAAAUACUAGCUGCUGCCUAUCGACUCCGCUAUAGAUAAAUUUACUUCAUUUGGUAGACAUAAGGCAGACAUAUCUGGCCUGUCUAUAGCUAAUGCACUACAAAACAUAAUAUGUUACGUAAGGAAAUGGUAUGUGUCAAUAUCUGGUCGAA